AUGGAGCAAUUCGAUUUUGGUGGUGUUUCUGAUGAACACAGUUCUUUCAAGGAAUUCGACUGUGAGGUAGGAGGGUACAUUGCAAAGCAAACUCAAUUGUGUGGAAUAGAAGAUUGGUUGGUAUCAAUAGACACCAAUUUAUCUUAUUCUGGGCUUGGGCUCUAUGAAGACAACACCAUUGCGGAUGAGAUGUUGCUAUCCAAAUAUCAACGAGAACAACUACAAUUGUUUUCUCAUUUCGGAUGUUUAGAUGAUUUAUGUUUUGAUAUUGUCUCCCCACUAUUUCCAUCGUGUGAUGAUAAAAUUUCAAACCCUGUCAGUAUCCAUCCUGAAAAUGUGCAGUUUAUGGAACCCAUGAAGGACAAAGCAGUCAUAUCUCCUUUAGCAUCACUUAAGAUCAUCAACAACUAUGAAAGCAGAUUCAGACGGUUGAGUGGGAAGCAGAUAAAUAUGCAGACUUACGACACUAAUGUGAGUAGUCAAAAAUUGUCAACUGCUAUAGAGGAGGCUAAAGAUGUGGAACUCGUCCAUUGUCUUCUAGCUUCAGCUGAAAAAGUAGGCCAGCGACAGUUUGAUCGGGCAAGCAAGCUGCUCAACCAUUGUGAUGGUUUGUCUUCCAAUAAAGGAAAUGCUGUUCAGAGAUUAGCUUUCUAUUUUUCUAAAGCUCUUCGAGAGAAGAUCAAUCGAGAAACAGGAAGAGUCACAUCAAGGGGUUUGGAAAAGAAACAAUCAUUAGAUCUUGAAGAGGCAAUGAUGAUCCCAAACAUUGCUAUCGUUUCAUUUUGCCAAAAGCUGCCCUCCUCUCAGGUUGUCCAAUUCACUCUAGUUCAGAUCAUAGUUGACAAUGUAGCAGAGGCAAAAAAGGUCCAUAUAAUUGACCUUGACCAUCAGGGGUGGAAUGCUAUGUACGGUUUUGAUGCAACUCUUGCAGCUCGACGUAAAUAUCCACUUGAGCAUCUCAAGGUCACUGCCAUUGGAACUAGAUUCAAAACAAAACUUGAGGAGACAGGGGAGCGGUUGAUGAGUUUUGCUCGGUCCAUAAACUUACCAUUCUCUUUCCAUGUAGUUAUGGUAACAGACAUGCUAGAUCUCAAUGAAGACGUUUUUGAGCUUGAUACUGAGGAAACACUUGCUGUCAACUCAUCAUAUUCAUUGCGGAGCCUGAUUGCAUGGACAGAUCUUUUGGAAUGCUUGAUGAGAGUGAUGAGGAAAAUUCAUCCUUGUGUCAUGGUGGUCAGUUAAAUUGAAGCAAACCAUAAUUCACCAGUAUUUGUUGCCCUUUUCAUUGAAGCUCUCUUAU